GAGUGGACCGCUGUGCGUCAAACAAAGAACUUUCAAGGCAAUCAAGGUGUGACGAGCGUCAGCAGCGCGGACAUGCGCUGCUACCAGAACAAAGCCGGCACCGCGACUGCGACCAUCGCAGCAGGGGAGACGCUUGGAUUCGUCGCAAAUGCGAUGGUGUCGCACUUCGGGCCGUUGCAAUUUUACAUGGCCAGAGUUCCAGACAGUGCGAAUAUCAAUACCUGGGAAGCCUCUGGAAAUGUGUGGUUCAAAGUCGCUUCAAUCAGUGCUGUGCAAGGAAAUGGACCUUUGACCAGCGACGAGCAGACGUGGCCAGCUUACAAGAAAACGGUCGUUGACUUCAAGGUUCCGAAAAACGUGCCCAGCGGUAAAUACCUUGUCCGCGUGGAAAGUAUUGCACUGCAUCAAGCCCAGUCUGUCGGCGGCGCCCAGAUUUACCUCAGCUGCGCACAAGUAGAGGUCACAAACGGCGGUACAGGUACGCCCGGCCCGCUUGUCGCGUUUCCAGGCGCAUACAGUGCAAAUGAUCCCGGUUUACUAUGGUCGUACUAUCCGGUUGCGACGAGUUACAAGGCGCCUGGGCCAGCAGUUUGGACUGGGUAA